UCGGAACAUAAACGUUACAGUUUCCCGCAACCUUACCGUCUUUUUACUCACAAGAUUUAGACUGUAUUCGAAUUUGCAUAGAAAAAUGCUUUCAUCUGUCCCAUCAGGGGGAAUCUUGAAUGGAACCGACAAAAUAAAACUCACAAGAUCACGUCAUGAGUCUUGUCAAAACAAUGUGAAGUGGUGUGUGCGCUCGAAAAACUAAACUGCGCCCAUUCGACGGAUAGACGCGUUUCUUCAUCUCAAGGAUUUUAGAGUGCACAACCAGACCUGUUUAAGUCCAAGUAUGCCAGAUUCUGCAAUGAGUGAUCCUGGUUCGAGGGUGUUUGACCCUCAACAUUCCCAGAACCUCCUCAGAGUUCUUCGUACAUUCUGGCAAGAGAAAAGCUUCCAUGAUGCACUGCUGGUGGUGGAUGCUGAGGAGCUUCCUGUCCAAAAAAACAUCCUGGCUGCAGCCAGUCCUUACAUUCGGACCAAACUGAACUACAAUCCUCCAAAAGAAGAUGGCUCAACCUACAGAAUUGAACUACAGGGGGUUUCUAUGCCCAUCAUGAAACAGAUUCUGGACUACAUCUUCAGUGGUGAAAUAAUUUUGAGUGAAGGGACCAUCCAGGACAUGGUGCAGGCAUCUGACCUGCUUCUCAUGACUGAGCUCAAGUUGCUGUGUUGCCAGUUCCUUGAAAGCUGCAUCACAGCAGAGAACUGUAUUGGCAUCCGUCUUUUUUCCCUCCAUUACUGCCUGCACCACGUCCACUAUGCCGCCACGGAGUACUUGCACACACAUUUCCGUGAUGUGGCAGUCACAGAGGAGUUCAUAGAGUUGCCACAUGACAGACUAUGUGACGUGCUGUCUGAGGAGAAGCUCAACGUUGGCAAUGAAAAGCAUGUCCUGGAGGCUGUGGUACGAUGGUUAGCCCAUGACCCGGAAGCUCGCAGGGUGCACAUGAAGGAAGUAAUGUCUGCAGUUUGGUUGCAAGGUUUAGAUGUGAGCUACCUAAGAGAACAGGCCUUGGGGGAACCGCUGAUGAGAGAGGUGAUCAGAGAGCACUGUCAGCCGGUGCUAGAAGAGAGUCAGCUGCAAGGCGAAGCUCUUCUUGCUGCUUUCAAACCUCGAGGUUACUCCGAAUGCAUUGUUGUUGUCGGUGGAGAGGAUCGCAGGACGAGGAAACCCACAGCGGUGACUCGCUGCAUGUGUCCUCUCUAUGACACCAACAGACAAGCCUGGAUUGAGCUGCAGCCUAUGAGUGUUUCCCGUGUAGGCCACGGUGUGGUCGCAGCUGAAGGAUUUCUAUUUGUGGUGGGUGGAACAGAUGAGAACAAUAUCGUAUUGAACACUGGUGAGAAGUAUGAUCCAGACUCCAAUACUUGGAGCCCCAUACCCACAAUGUUACAGAGUCGUCAGAACUUUGGCGUGGUGGAACUGGAUGGUCAGAUUUAUAUUCUUGGCGGGGAGAAUGCAGAAAGUGAACUGACCACUGUAGAAGUGUUUGACCCUCAUGUCAAUACCUGGAAGAUGCAAACCAGUAUGACCAUGAUCCGCAAGGUGGGUUGCUAUGCCUCCAUGAAUAAGAAGAUUUAUGCCAUGGGUGGGGGUUCCUAUGGGAAACUUUUCGACUCAGUUGAAUGCUUUGACCCCAAAACCCAGCAAUGGACAGGCCUCUGUCCACUCAAAGAGAGAAGGUUUGGAUCAGUGGCAUGCGGCAUUGGUAAGGAGCUCUACGUGUUUGGUGGGGUGAGAAGUCAAGAAAACGACAACCCAGAGCAACGUCACAUGAUGACCUGCAAGUCUGAAUUCUACCAUGAUGACAUGAGGCGGUGGAUGUUCCUAGAUGACCAAAACCUGUGUAUCCAUACAAGCUCAUCAUUUGUCUAUGGUGCCGUUCCCAUUGGAGCAAGCAUCUACGUCGUGGGAGACCUGGACACUGGUACUAGUUUUGACUACAUCCGUGAGUUCCGGCGUAGCACGGGGACCUGGCAUCGUACCAAACCGAUGUUAGCCAGCGACCUCUCGAAAACGACCUGUGCCGCCCUGCGGAUCGCCAACUGUCGUCUCUUUCGCCUUCAAUUGACUCAAGGAAUGUUUCGAAUCAGAGUUUGAAUUAAGGAAGACCAAACCAGCUGCUGCUGUACAUCACUCUUUCACUUUUGCACACUUGUAAUCCACCCACAUGGCCUGGGUUUAGGGAAUUUAUAAACACUGAAGUAUUAAGUGGCUAACUAUGCUUGUUACUCUCGGUUUUCGGGAGACCUUUUUUCUGUAUAUUUGCUGCGUAACUUGGUUGGAAGGAAGGUUAAACUCGCCAAUUUACAGUAAUUGUUUACUUUUUUAGGCUGAUGUUUUAUUGAUCUGUUUGAUCAUUUGCUUUGAUCAAUUGAUUUUUUUUUUCCAGGAACUGUAUUUAAUCAUUGCUUUUAUUUUAUUUUUACUCGUGGUCUACUGGUUGUAGUAGUAGUAUGGGGGUACUUAAGGGAAACUUAUCUACCAGUGCAUUUUCCCAAAAAAACAUUUUGGGGUGGUGGGUUGGGGGGGGGUUGAGGUAAUCAUUUGGGGGAGAGAUUAUUUUGUGAAGAAUUUUGCGAAAAUCCUGGAACUGCAGAUCACAGUAGUUUUGUGUUUUACUAUGUGACCGCCCAUAAUCAUAAAAACAUUUGCCUUAACCUUGUUAAAAGUCAGGUGCUUCUGUCAGAAUGUUUUUUUUUUCUGUAAUAAUGUCAAUUGCUUUUUGUCUGCAUUGUUUUGGUCAAAUCUUGACAAUUGGCACCAGUAGAAAAUGAGGCAAAACAACAUCUUUAGAGUGUGCAAAAAGGAAUCUUAUGCAGUUUGAUAAGUUCAUUGUUUAUUUGAAAAAUAAUAAUUGGAAAUAGCUUGUUCCAGGUUGCUGUGUCCAUCCCACAGUUAAAAGCUUCUCUUUUCGAAUCUCGUUUCAAGCCUUCCUUUCCAGAGUUUGCAUCUUUUCCCCAUGCUUGUGUGUUUUUUGUUCAGGUAGUUUCCACCUAUAUUGCAAAAACACGCUGGACACAGGAGGUUAAUUAAAGACUAAAUUAGCUAUCAGUAUGAAUGUCAAAGUGGCUAGUUGUCUAUAUUUAGCCAUAGGAGCACAAGCGGUAUAGAAAAUAGAUGAAAAAAGCUGUGCCCUCAAUAAAUGGCAGCAUAACAACAACAACAUUGACAUGCAUCGCACAUUCACUGCUUUCUUACUUCUACAAAGUAAUUUUUAUUUGAUCAAGAUUUUGACUCUGUACAGUAUAUCCACAAUGGAGAAUAUACAAAUACUUUACUGUACUUUGUCAAAAAAAAUGGUGACUGAUAGCUCAGAAAUAAACUUGAUCAAACGUGAAACUUGGAGUCGUUCGAAUGGUUGUGUUUCACUGCAUUGGUGACAUCCUACCCGGCUUUCCAGUCGGUACAGUUUUUCCAUCUAUUGAAUCUGUUUGUUUUGUAUGACUUCCAGCUGUUACUGUCUGUCCUCAACUCAGGGUCAACGCAUGCGAAGUAGACUCACUCUCAGUGAGAGUUUAUGGUGCAAUUCCAAACGUGGUAUAAAAAGAACAUAACUCUCAAAUACCUUUAUUGUUAAGGAUUCAGUUCCAUUUAAAACCGUUGAAAUCCUCCAGGCAUGCAGAGGUAGUGGGAAAGGAUUUGUGAUACCAAAAUUGGCAGUUGCCUUACAUAGCUAUUGUAACUUUCUGAUGAUUACAUUUGUUUGAUUACGUGAGCAGUAUCGUACUGCGGUGCCAGAACAGAGAUGAGAGUUGCUUUCCCUGAAGUUUGUGUUUUAAAACUUUAUUUUAUUUUAAAGUAUGAAUUCUUACUUAUUUCCAAAUGCACACUAUAUAGUUUCCUGAUUAAUUAACUCAUGAUUCCAUGUCAAAAAAGGAUUAUCACUACUACUAGGAAAGUUGUGAGAUGGACUGACCAACUCAGUACUGUAAAUCAAAUUCCAGUCCCAUAAUUUGAGGCAAGUAACUCCCAUCGAGUCAUCAUGUGCUUAUUUCUUCAUCUGCAGUGUGCAUUUAACACACUAAAAAAUAUUUUUUUUUCGACAAAGCUGCGGGGGUCUUAUUUCCAUUCCAUCAUGGGUUCGGUUCCAGUAAAGCUGUCAGCAAGUCCUUUAAUACACUCUUCAAUGUUGAUGCUUUCUUCUGUUAAUGAUUCAUGAAUUAUUACAGGGGACACUCGCCAAUAGCCUGUUAAUAUUGUCCUAUCUUACCUGCUGUGUUUAAUCAGUUACCAUAAUCACAUUGAUUUACUGUACUCUUCUAUAUUAGCAGAUAAAUGCAUAAGGCUGUUGUAGAAGUCGAAUCUGUUAUUGAUCUUGUAACGUGGCUUGUGUUAUGGAAACGGGAAAAAUUAUUUUGCUGUUCAGUACAUAUGAAUGAGUAUGUUUUGUAAGACAAGAUCGGUGGUGUCAAGGGAAUUAAAACACGAAAAGGAUUAACUACA